GACUGAUCGCUGCACCUCAAUGUGCCCGCGUCGCCUGAGCUGCAAACAUGUUUCUCUGCUGCUCUUGCAUUGCAAUAGCGACCGGCGUCGCCCUUCUGUACGCAUUGUUCGAUGUCAACUACUUCCUCAGGAUCGCCUUCACCAUCGGCUUUGGGAGACUCUUCCAGAAGAAGAUAAAAGUCCUUGAAGGGAGCACCAUAUACGGUUUCUGUACAACGCAGGAUGUUGACAUAUUUCUGAGACACAUGAACAACGCGAGGUACUUGCGAGAGCUGGACUUCGCUCGGUUUCUUUUCUACGACCGGUCUGGUCUGUACCGCGAGGUGGCCAAGAUGAGGGGCAACGCCUUGCAGGGCGCCUCCAACAUACGCCACAGAAGGACCAUUCCCAUCUUCAGCCUCUACAAGGUGCACACUAAGCUUGUAUAUUGGGAUGACAAAGCCAUUUACCUAGAGCAGCACUUCGUGACACUGUCUGACGGAUUUGUACGUGCAGUGGCACUCAGCAAGCAGAAUAUAGUCGGCGUCAACGUCAAUGAUCUGAUGGCCAAGCUCGCUGGAAGUGACGUCAAGAGACCGGACAUCCCAGAGGAACUUGAUCACUGGCUAAAGAGCAUUGACAUAUCGAGUGCCAAGCUCAGGAAAUGUGACUAGAACUUCUCCAUUUUGUUUUAAUAUUUAGGCACUUAUACAUGUAAUAGUUGAAAAAUGCACGUCUGCCCACAUGUGAUAUGUCUCAUGUUGAAAUUAUAUUUCUGUAGAAUCAAAAUAUUCAAUGUUCUGGUGAAACCUCUUCUUCUCCCUUCAUCUCUUAUUAACAGAUGACAGACGUUUAUUUAAAAUUUAAAAGAACUGUUACUUUAAAAAAAAAAAUUAACCCAGAAUCCUUUUAUGAAGCUUAAGCUAAGAGACCAGAUGUGAUUAACAGUUUAUAGAAGAAUGUUUCCUGUUUGAGUUAACUAAUUCAAGUAGUAGGGUCUUCCUUGAGAAGUUUAUAGUCGCCUCAUUGGUCAAGAUACUCCACGCCUUCUAUGGAAUUUGAAGGCUCAUUACUGUGUUGACAACAGCCCACUGUUUGACCCUGUCCACACCUCCACAAAUAAGGAUGUGAUUUAAUUGGCUUUAAAACUAAUAAAGUCUGUGUGAGAUUUUUGAAGGCAAAGUAUCUGGUCUCUGUAUUAUGGAAAUACAUUAAGUCUAGUUCGAAAACCACUGAAGCCGUUUCUGUUCAGUAGAGUAAGUCACAUCAAUUGGUAUCCUACAAAGAUCGAUUGGCUGAUGCUGCUUGGAGAAAUAAUGGCUGUUUAUUCUCUGCAAUAUGUUGCACCUGAACAAAAAUAUGUAAGUUUUAUCUCACAUUAUAUGUUCCAUUCCUUUUC